GUCAGUUCAGAGGAAAAUCAAAGAUGAACGAGUUCGAGAGAGUGAGCACCAAGGAUGGGGUGGACCUGGAGGCAGGGCAGACACUGUAUCCUGGUCUGAGCCCGGAUGAGAACCAGCUCCGAUGGGGGUUCAUCCGCAAGGUCUACGGCAUCCUUGCUGGCCAGAUCGUCCUCACCACCGUCGUAUCGGCCAUCGUUUUUUUCAGCGCCCCGGUAAACAAUCUCCUCCGCGGCCAUCCUGGACUUAUGCUCCUCCUGUGUUUCCUUCCCUUUAUCUUGAUUUGGCCCCUUCAUAUCUAUCACCAAAAGCACCCGGUGAACUUGAUAAUCCUUGGUCUUUUCACUGCAUCUCUAAGUCUUGCUGUCGGUGUAAGCUGUGCUAAUACAGAUGGAAGAAUUGUGCUUGAAGCACUUAUUCUGACCUCAGCGAUUGUUUCAUCUCUUACUGGUUACGCUUUCUGGGCCUCUAAGAAGGGCAAGGAUUUCAGCUUUCUUGCACCAAUUUUAUUCACUGGACUCAUGGUUCUCAUCCUUACUGGCUUUAUCCAGAUGGUCUUCCCUCUUGGCCCAACAUCUGUUGCUGUCUAUAGUGGACUCGGUGCUUUGAUUUUCUGUGGGUACAUUCUCUAUCACACUGACAACUUGAUCAAACGCUUCACAUAUGAUGACUAUAUAUUGGCCUCCGCUAGUCUCUACUUGGACAUCCUGAACCUCUUUCUUAUCAUUUUGCGGCUUCUCAGCCGCAAAUAAUUGGUUAUAAAUACCAUCAUGAUAAUGGGUUGGCAUAUAAUCAAGAUGUAAUUAAUGAUCAUCUCCUAAAUAUGAAAACUGUUAUUGAUAUGGCAUAACUUUGCCUGGUUUGUACUGGCACUAAGCAUGUAUCUAAGACAAGUUUGGAGUUUAUUCCCUACUUUGUUGCCCUUUCCUGCUUGAUCAAAU